AAUACAUCAUUUAAUAAAAUAAAUAAUUAAAAACUGAAAAUUUAUACCCGCGUCUAGUAUAAAUUUAGAAUAGCCGUUCAUUGUCGACAAAAAAAAUCAUAUAUAAACCCAUUACAACCUCACACUUUUUCUCAUAUCUAGCCGCAAACACACGCUUAGAAACGCAAAACUCAACUAUAGUUCCCUUGUUUUCUUGUCACAAAACUAAAAUCAUAACAAAAUGGCUUUGAUUUUGAGGUUCUUUACAUGCCUUGUUUUGACGGUGUGCAUUGUUGCAUCAGUAGAUGCAGCAAUCUCAUGUGGCACAGUGGCACGUCAAUUGGCUCCAUGUGCUAGCUAUCUGUGGAGAGGCGGGAUGAUGAUUCCCUCAUGCUUUGCGGGAGUUAAAAAAUUGAAUGAUAUGGCUCAAACCACCCUGGAUCGUCAGCAAGCAUGCAAAUGCUUAAAGGCCGCUGCACAGGGCAUCAACCCAAGUAUAGCCUCUAGCCUUCCUGGAAAGUGCGGUAUUAGCAUUCCAUAUACCAUCUCCAAGAACACCAACUGCGACACCGUCCAGUGAAGUGGGAACUCAUAUUUAUCGUGUGGAUGAAAAGUAAUUGGCUCAGCAAAAGCAAAAAAAAAGGUCUGUGUACGCUGACCUCCAGCAUGCCCUUGUUGUCUUGUUCUUUAUUUUGUUGUUGAAAAGUUUAUCAUUUACCUUGUAAUCAGUCUUUUGGUAUAUAUUGUAUCUUAUUAA